CAUAUCUUACGCUCGCAACGGAGACUAUUGAGGAUAAACUGAUCCUGUUAUUCAUUAAUUGUACGUCCCUUGUCAACUCAAAUAGGAAUUAAAGACGCGCGAUUUCAUUGGUAGAAACUCUCGCGCAGAUUGUAUACCGCGCGCUGAUUGGUCAGAUGCUAUUUGCUGUUGAAAGCUGAUGGCUGGAAACAAAAAUAAUUUGAGUGACACUGAAAUCUUCGCGACAAACGAACCUUGACAUAUGAAAUUAAAUGAUAAUCAUACGACCUCGUCAGUUGGCUGUGUCCUCUGAACGUGUGAUGAUCUCCGUCAUUGUUAUUGAACUGGAUUAAACCCACAAAGAUAUUGAAUUUGAAAGAUCUUGUUUAUGUGCUAUACUGCCGCUAACAUGAAGGGGAUUUUUCCGUUGCUCAUGAUAUUCGUCGAAUUUUCGAAUGUUGUGGAGGUGGCUUCGAAACGUAAAAUAAAAUGCGAACCAUUGACGAUAAAGCUUUGCAAAGGUCUGGGUUACAAUAUGACAACGAUGCCAAACAAAAUGGGACAUGAUACACAAUGGGAAGCCGAGCAAAGUAUUGCUGAGUUUCAACCGCUGAUGAAAGCCGGUUGCGCGAGGCAUGUUCGCCUUUUCGUGUGUUCUGUGUUUGCUCCUUUAUGCGACGGUGACGUCGAUUACCCAGUCCACGCGUGCCGCUCGAUGUGCUACGAGAUGAAAAAAGGGUGCUCGGCUUUACUGGACUACUUUGGCUUCAAUUGGCCAGCGCAAUUUGAAUGCAGCACUUUUCCGAUUUAUAGUGAAAAAAAGGAUAGUAAACUUUGCAUGAGGGAGCCUGGCAGCAGUUCCCGCAUUCCCUUCCCCAAAGGGCGAACGAAUAUAUAUAAAUUGUUAAACAAAACAACCUCGGAUGUUAUCCAUAAAACGAAAACCGAAAUUAUAACAUACCCGACAAGCGGUCUCAAUGCCACUUUUACUUCACGAAGAUCAAAGACUUGCGUUAACACAAAAAAGUUCGUACAGGUUAAAAUCAGAAACAAAGAGUACUGCGCAGUGAAAUGUGACGCGGACAUAUUCUUCACUAAAACAAACAAGCAAUUUUCAGACAUAUGGUUGCUGAUAUGGUCUGUUAUUUGUUUCUUAUCUACAUUGACGACUGUCCUAACUUAUUUGAUCGAUAGAACCCGCUUUAAAUAUCCAGAGCGACCCAUCAUCUAUCUGGCUUUCUGCUACAACCUAUACUCCUCAGCCUAUUUGAUUCGGCUCAUUGCUAAACGAGAAGGAGUUUCCUGCAGCGAUGAAGGAAAUUAUUUAAUCAUUGACGGGCUAAACACGGCUGGUUGUUCGGUCGUGUUUAUUUUGCUAUAUUUUUUCGGUAUGGCGUCUUCUUUAUGGUGGGUGGUUUUAACUCUUACUUGGUUCCUUUCGGCCGCUAUGAAAUGGAGUCAAGAAGCAAUCGCGAACAAGUCUGUCUACUUUCACGCAGUUUCCUGGGUCGUACCUGCCGUGCAAACUAUUGUGGCCUUAGCUGCCAGGAAAGUCGACGCUGACGAACUGACCGGCUUAUGUUAUGUUGGUAAUCAAAAUGUAGAAAAUCUGGCAGGAUUUGUGCUUGCCCCGCUUUGCGUGUACUUGGUCAUUGGUACGACUUUCCUCUUAGCUGGUUUCAUUUCGCUAUUUCGUAUUCGUUCCGUGUUAAAGGAUUGCGAUACGAACACGCGCAAGUUGGAAAAACUUAUGGUAAGAAUCGGUGUGUUUUCUGUAUUGUACACGCUUCCUGCAACUGCGGUUAUAGCUUGUUUUGUAUACCAAUAUUCGAACUUGGAUGCCUGGCGCGAUGAUGUCGAACGCAACUGCCAGAGAUUUCUGAUAGAUGAAUGCAAGAUGUCAUCAAGGCCGAAGGAAGAAAUCUAUAUGGUACGACAUUUUAUGUCGCUUGUGGUCGGAAUAACCUCGGGCAUGUGGGUAUGGUCAUCGAAAACAUGCCAAUCGUGGAAAUUAUGUUACCGCAGAAAUCUCACCCACAAAUACCCGCAAAGGCCACCGAUGAAAUCGCAACCUUUAAUCGUCCACACGUCGACGGAAAAGCAAACUCCUAUCACUACUACGCAAAACCGACCUGUUACGGAAUUUACCGAACAUUGCGUUCCUUCAGAACUAUCUCAUCCGCUGACUAAUUUCACUACGCAGACUAAUGGGCAGUUUUCAAGCGGAUUUGCGUCCAUGCAAUAACAGCAGGCUGUAUAAAUUGAUAUAACAGAGAAGGUUGAGAUGUUCGCCCGGUGUUAUCUGUUGAUUUCUGUGAUAGAUGUUCGAGUUAUAUUUGGGUACAUUAAAACACCCCAUUACUAUCAGAUAAACGCGGAUUUCUAUCGUACUAACGAGGUUAAAGGUUUUCUAGCUACUUAAUGAAUUGCCAACUCUGACAAUCGAUGUCGAACAUAUGUCUGCCGUGCGUGCUAGUUCAUAAGAGUCAUAGCUCCUAUUUACGUUAUAAUCUUCGCUUUUAUACAAAGUUUUUAUCCUCAUAACUAUAUAAAUAGCUUUUAAAUAGCGAUAUAACUUUACUAUUAGAAGAACGUUGUCAGAUUCACACUGGAGAAUUGAAUGACCAUUAUUUUUUUAUUUCUUACGAGCACAUGAAGUGUAUUGUAGCGAAAAUUUAUACAAAUACAAAACAUGUCGAAAUGUA